AUGGAGACAAUGGAGGGUGUAGAUCAGCAGAGAAUGGAAAGAGUUCCACUGUUUUGUGAGAAGAUGAGAAAGGCUCAAACGGAAGCCAUGGAAAAUCGAUGGAAAGAUUUCAAGGAAACAAUGAUGAAACAUCAGGAAAUCAUCCUCAAGCAGUUUGACCUGUUCGAAAACACUGCCAUCCAUGUUGCAACUGGCUCCAACAACCCUCGACUCCUCCAAGAGUUGAUACAAAUGGUGCCUGUAGCAGAAAGGUGGCAAGCUUUGUGCAAGAAGAAUCGUGAGGGAAACACUGUCUUGCACGAGGUUGUGUUCUCCAAAAAUGUGAUCGAAAUGGCUGGUGUUGUCUUCUCGUUUGAAGAUGAGUUGCACCCACCAGAAAUGGAGGAGAAAAGGCCAUUGCUUGAGCUCACAAACGUCCGAGGAGAAACCCCUUUGUUCAUGGCUGCCAUGCAUGGAAAGCUCAAGAUUCUCAAACACAUGGCUAACCGUGCAGUCACGCAUCAUAUGGAUUUACGAAAGCAUUGGCAUCGAUCUGACCAAUAUAAUGUUCUUCAUGCCAGUGUCAUUGGCCAACAUUUUCAUGUUGCAAUUUGGCUGGUAAGAAUGGAUGAAGAACUUGCUCUGGAAAAGGAUAAGAAGAACUUAACAUGUCUUCAACUACUUUCCAAAAUGCCACAUGUUUUUCGAAGCCAUACUCAAAUGGGAGCAGUGAAGAGCAUCAUAUAUCUCUUGCUUCCUGAAGAAUAUGAUAUUGAUCAUCAAGAAAAAUUUCACUUAUUUAAACAAAAGAAAGAUGAAGAAAAUGGUAAAAAGGAUGAGUCUUUACUCAACAAAACAGCAAUUUCAGAUAUCAACUACAGGUUUUGGAAACACUUGGCGAAAGAGUUUGAAGGAAUUGAUCAUAUGUGGAAGGAAAAGAAAAAACACAAGUUGGCUGAUUAUCUGGCCAAUAUUUUGGUAGAAAAAGACUUAUCAUGGCAAGUAUCCUUUAAUGAGAAUAGAAGGACAAAAGUUAUUAAUAUGCCUCGUCAUCCUUUAAAUGUGGUGAAAAGGAGAAGGGUAAGUGCACAAAACAGGGAAGAGAGGCGUAUGUACGUUAAAGACCCUCCAGAACGCACAGCAUUAUUCAUAGCAACUAAAACUGGAAUUGUAGAAAUUGUUGAAAAAUAUAUUGAACUCCAUCCUGCGGCUAUUUAUCAUGUUACUGAGAAUAAGCAGAACAUAUUGAACAUGGCUGCUAAGUAUCGACAGAAGAAAAUUCUUGAAAUCAUAGAAAGAACAGGUACAACUGAAUCGUUGGUUGCUCAACUGACAGAUAAAGAACGAACUAUCUUGCAUGAAGUUGCAAGGAUGGAUUACUACAAAGGAGAACACUUAGCUGGAGUUGCAUUUCGUCUGCAAGAUGAAUUGCGUUGGUAUGAUAAAGUGAGAAGAAUCACUCCUAAACAUUACAACAUGCACUGUGAUAUAGACGGACACACACCUGAAGAUAUGUUAGAAAUUGAGCAUGAAAAGAUGCUUGAAGAGGCACAAAAAUGGUUAAAAGAAACAGCUCAAUCAUGCUCCACUGUUGCAAUUCUAGUUGCUACAGUUGUAUUUGCUGCUGCAUACACCAUUCCAGGUGGAACCGAAAAUGGUACUCCUGUAUUCCUUCAUUCUGGUGAGUUUCUCUUUUUCACCAUCAUGGAUGUGGUGGCUCUUGCUACCUCACUUGCUUCAGUGGUGGUGUUCCUCUCCAUCCUCACUUCCCCAUGUGAGUUGUGGGAUUUUCACAAGUCGCUUCCACGAAAACUGAACUUGGGAUUUGCUUUGUUGUUCUUAUCAUUGAUGACAACAAUGCUUGCAUUCAGUGCAACCAUGUUGUUGACCAUUCGAUUGGAAUGGAAGAAUUGGACUUCAACGUUGAUAUACAGUGCUGCCUUCUUUCCUGUCACUAUAUUUGCCAUCAUUCAGUUUCCUGUGUAUGUGAUGGCUCGAAGCAUCACCAAACAUCUAUGGAGGCAACUUAAGAAGAUCCUUCCAAUAAGAUUGAUUGAGCACUUCAUGGAUGAUGUUACUAGUAUUGAAUACAAAAGAAAACAUUAA